GGACAGUAGGAAGAUGGCGGCGGCCCCGCUGUACUGUGUCUGCCGGCAGUCCUACGAUGUGAGCCGGUUUAUGAUCGAGUGCGACAUCUGUAAGGACUGGUUUCACGGAAGCUGUGUUCAGGUAGAAGAGCAUCAUGCUGUGGAUAUCGAUGUUUACCACUGUCCCAACUGUGAUGUCAAACAUGGACCCUCCCUGAUGAAAAAGCGCCACAACUGGCACAGGCAUGACUACACAGAGCCAGACGAUGGAUCGAAGCCGGUGCAGGCGGGGACUUCAGUGUUUAUCAAGGAGCUCCAGAACAGAACCUUCCCUGGUGCUGAAGAGAUUCUGAUACGAAUGAGGGGCGAACAAGUGACCACCAGAUACUUGGAGCGACAUGGCUUUAAUUACCCUAUUGUGAUCACUGAGAUGGAGGGCCUGGGCCUGAAACUACCGCCACCCACGUUCUCUGUCAAAGAUGUGGUGCAGUAUGUUGGUGGUGACAAAGUUAUCGACGUGAUAGAUGUGGCGCGGCAGGCAGACAGCAAGAUGAAGCUCAGUGAGUUUAUCAAGUAUUUCACCAAACCCCAUCGACCCAAGGUCCUCAAUCUCAUCAGCCUGGAGUUCUCCGACACCAAAAUGUCAGAGUUGGUAGAGGUUCCUGACGUGGCUAUGAAGAUGUCCUGGGUGGAAAACUACUGGCCGGACGACUCGUUCUUCCCCAAACCCUUUGUCCAGAAGUAUUGCCUUAUGGGGGUUAAAGACAGCUACACAGACUUCCACAUAGACUUUGGAGGAACCUCAGUGUGGUAUCAUGUUCUUUGGGGUGAGAAGAUCUUCUACUUGAUCAAACCCACUCCCACCAACCUUGCACUAUACGAGGCAUGGAGCUCCUCACCCAAUCAGAGCGAAGUGUUUUUCGGGGACAAAGUGGAUAAGUGCUACAAGUGUGUUGUUCCCCAAGGAACCACCCUGCUCAUCCCUACAGGCUGGAUCCAUGGUGUCCUCACCUCUCAGGAUUGCAUGGCAUUUGGAGGGAACUUCCUUCACAACCUUAAUAUUGGCAUGCAGCUCAGGUGUUAUGAAAUGGAGCGUCGUCUUAAAACUCCAGACCUCUUUAAGUUUCCGUACUUUGAGGCCAUCUGCUGGUAUGUGGGUAAAAACCUCCUUGAAAUGCUAAAAGAGCUACGUGAGGACAGCUGUCCACCACCUACCUACCUUGUAGAUGGAGUUAAGGCUUUAAUUGUUGCUCUGAGGACUUGGUUGAAAAGAGAGGUGACAGAGCCCUCAAGUGAGGUACCAGAUCACAUCAGGCCGAACCACCUGAUUAAAGAGCUGACCAAGGAAAUCCGCUACCUUGAGGAGGAACCUUUAAGCUGUGGUAAACCAGUGAAAUCUCAGGGAUGUGGAAUAUCGUCUGGAAUGAACGGCUGCCUCACCACUCGCUCCUUGGAGAGGCUGUGCCAGGCGCGACGAGCGAGACGAGCCGCCAGGCGGCUGAGGGAGCAGGAGCGGCAGGCCCCCAAGGUGCCGUCCAACCUGGACAUCUUGGAGCAGCACACCAGGGACGUGCUAAAGAGGCUGGAGGUGGGCCCUCGGGGGGAGGAUCCAGAUUUCUGUGCCAAGGUUUAUGGGAAGUUUAACAAAGUGUCAACUGCAUCGGCAGCAGCUGUUGCCGAGUCACUGGAGGACAACCAUCUUCGGCUCAUGAUGGUCAACGGAAGAAUCAUCAGAGAUUUGAGGCAGCCAGGAAGCAGUCCUGAAAAGACGGAGGACGAGCAGUCUGGUUGCCACAGCCCUCUAAAAAGUUGUGUGGUUGUGAAGUUGGAGAAGACGGAGGGCAGUCGAGAGCAGCACAGCGCAGCUGAGAAACCCACGCUCCUCAGGGGCCUGGAGUCGGUGAAGAAUGAACUCAGGGAGGACGUCUCAGGACAGUCCAGUGUGUCUGAUGUGGAGUCAGACAGCGAUUCUCCCACAGACCGAAAAGCAUCAUCGUCGUCGUCGUCCUCCUCCUCCUCGUCGUCGGACGAUGAUUCCGAGAGUUCCCAGGAGGAAGAGGAGGAGAGGGGCUCAUCUCAGCAGACAAGCUCAGGGCAUAUCAUUGAGCUGGACCAGUCUGGUCAGAAACUCAGGCACAAACACGAACCACUCAAACGAGAACGUCCUACCUCACCCAGCACAGAAGAGGCCAUUCAGGGGAUGCUGUCUAUGGCCGGUCUGCUGUGCUCCUCCAAGCCAGGUGAGGGACGCUCGCCCCGAGAGCCCUGGUGGUCCAGUCCGAGCCAACACUCGCUGCAGGAGUCGGCGCAGCACCAGCACAGACUGCAGGGGGGCAACAGCCCCAUGGACAGCCAGGGCAACAGCAGCAGUGAGACCUGGGACAAUCAAGGGCUCCCCAGCCCAGAGACGGACUACCAGUACUGUGACCCCUCAAUGUCCCCACCACUGCACCCUUCAAAGAGGCAUGCCCCCAACCCUCCACCUGUCAGCAACCAGGCCACAAAAGGUAAAAGGCCUAAAAAAGGAAUGGCCACCGCUAAGCAGAGACUGGGCAAGAUCCUAAAACUCAACAGACACAGCCGUGUCUUCGUGUGACCCCCUCAUCCUGAAAACCUUAAAGGAGAAUUGACUAUAAAGGGUUUACUUGAAGCAGGAGAAGAAAAAAAUUGUAUAUUUGCUAUUAAUCACUUUUGUGAUUUGAAAAUAGGGGUUGGGGGGUAUAGACACACUGCCUGAAGACGACUGUAAACAAACAUGUAAAACACGCUCACUGUGCAUGCUUUGGAGACAGGGUACUGGAUGUGGAAAAAAGCAAAUGCACAACCUCACAACAAGCACACUACGAACAACAGGAUGAAAAGGAGCGAAGGGAAACGUGAAGCUUCUGAGGGCAUUCAACGGGGACAAAGUCCACCAGACAGAGAUGCUUCAUCCAACAGGGACUUAAAAGAUCAUCUGAACGCUUGUUUGUUUGUUUUUCGCCCCUCCUGCUUGUUUGCUUCAAGCUGAACAAGACGAAGCAGCAGGUGAAGCUCAACUGCAACAGGGUCUUCAAGUUCCUUUGACCUGGAAAUGCGGUGCUACAUUAAAAGAAAAA